AUGGGGAGUGCUACAGCUGUAGAACCGGAAUGCCAAUGCAAGGACAACGCCACCGGCGCCACUUACAACUUUUGCUACCAUCUCCCGGUCGAUCCGUCCGUACGAGGCAAACGCUUCGACUGCCGUUAUUUGCCUCAGCUGAAGCGGCUGCGAUUGAUUGGAAACCUAAACAAUGAUUACGUGUGGAUCGAAGCGGGGGGCAUUCCAGAGCCGACCUUCAUCACCGCAGCGUCAGAUAAUCAUUUUCUCGAAGUCCAACGACUGAUCGUCGACUUUCAAAGGGUACUGCCGAACAAAAGCGUCGUCUUUUACGACAUCGGUUUGAGCGAAGACAACGCCGCCGAGAUGAAAUCCUUCUGCAACGUCAAGUACAAAAAAUUCCAUUUUUCCAACUAUCCAGUCUAUGUCCGCAAGCUGAAGGAAUACCGAUGGAAAAUUCUUCUAAUCGCGGUAAGCAGCAAUAUUCGGUUUCAUGAAUCAGAGCCAAAAUGUCAUGCACUAUCUCUUGAGCACCUGAAACAUCUGGCCGAGGGACGACCUCCGGUCUGGAGAAACAUCAAAUACCUGAAAGACGAUCACCUAGACAAAGUCGAGGAAGAGGCUGUGCUUUGUGCGUUGGAAAACAAAUGCUUAGUACCGGACGGGUCUAAAUUAUUUUGCAAAUUUAACGAUGGUACGUAUGACAAACGAGUGGCUUGUCACCGCUAUGAUCAGUCGCUGAUGAGUCUUCUGCUGACCAAUCGCCAUGCGUACAACGUGAAGCUGUGGACAAGCGGUGUUGAAGACUGUUUUAACAUUACUCCUGGUGCAAUCACCAGAACGUCGCCAAAAAUAUGUCACUGA